AUGCCUCCGAGACACCGGGGUUCUCUCCCCUUGUUCAAGCCACUGAGGCAGGACCACCCCCGGGCUGGCCUGAGCCCCGACCGGCCCACCCGCCACGACAGUGGAGGAGCCCCUCUGACCCUGGAUGAUCCGCAGGCGGCCCAGCGGUCUCGGGUUCGGGAGACGAUCAAGCCCGGCAAAUACGGAUACGGGAAGGUGCCGUUUGCGCUGCCCCUCCACAAAGACCCCCCCGAGGGGGCAGCCUCUCGCUCAAAGAGGGACUCUGGAGACCAUGCUGGACAUUUCUCGGCCCUUCCUCCCCCUCCUCCUCCUCCUCGCCCUCCAUCCAAGAAGGCCCGGCGCAAAGUCACCCGCUCUUCUUCUCACGAGGAAGCCGCCAGGGUCUGGGAGAAGGACCCGCUGACCUCCGGGCUCGAUCUGGGGGCCCACGACAAGCCCGGGCAGCCUCGGCCAGCGGAGGGUGCUGCUCAGACCCACGUGGGUGUGGAAGGAGGGAGGGAGGGCAGUUUGGGGCAGGGCCACCACGCCAGUGGCCACGGAGGCAGCCUGAAGAGAGGAGACCCGGCAGAAGCGAGGUCCACCGAGGAGCCCCUUCCUGAGAGGUCGGCGGUCAGCCCAGGCCCGUCUGGGGGCGAAGGAGCCCAAGAAAGGGGUUCUGUAGCAACCGGAGGAGUUUCCUCCCUUCCGCGGACGCCCCCGCCAAGCGGGCCCCCUCCUCAGGGGCAGGCCGAGCUCCACCUGACCCACCAGGUCCUGAGGGACCACCGCGUGGCACCCAAACGGCAGGACCCGGCCACCGGGAGGAGCCCCUGGGACGCCCCAGAGCCGCCCCCCCGACCCGAGAGCAGGUCUGUGUCGGGCCACGCCAGCCACCCUCCCCAGGGGCAAGCCCGGAUCCGGAACCAGAGGCAAAACCAGCCCCGGACCAGAGGUGGCUACGGUUCCCGUCAGUCCCACAGCCUCUUUGCCGAGCCACCGGUGGCCCCCCACCCGUCGGAGCCAGACGUUUGGCUGCUGCACCGGGGGCAAGGGGCGCCCGAAGCCAGGGGGCACGCAGGGGCCGAGGGUCCCCAGUGGAACCUUUACUAUCCCGGGACAGAGACCUUCCACUGCGAGGGGGAAAGCAAGCAGUUCAAGGCCUGCAGGCAGGAGCCCUGCCCAGCCGACCACCCAGACCCUCCGGCCGUCCAGUGUGCUGCCUACAACGACCAGGAGUUCAUGGGCCGUUUCUAUCAGUGGGAACCUUUCACGGAUGCAUCCCGUGGCAAGGAGUUCCACAUGCUGACGCUCUGGGCGGGCUGA